ACUGGCACUCCCCUCAUCAAAACCCCAUCCAAUUCCAAACCCCCCUCUUCUCGCCAUUUCACCACCGCUUCCAGCCAACCGCUUCUUCCCUCGCCACCCAUGGCCACCGCAGCGCGCGCCCUCGUCGCCGCACGCCCGGCGCGGCCGCUCCUCCCGUCACGGCGCCUCCCGUCCUCCUCUUCCAUCCGCCCCCCGCGGCAACGUGGCGGCGGCGUUGGGUCCGUCCGCUGCAUGGCGCGGCGGCCGGAUUCCUCAUAUUCCCCGCUGCGGUCGGGUCAGGGCGGUGACCGUGCGCCGACGGAGAUGGCGCCUCUGUUCCCUGGCUGCGACUACGAGCACUGGCUCAUCGUCAUGGACAAGCCCGGCGGCGAGGGCGCCACGAAGCAGCAAAUGAUCGAUUGCUACAUCCAGACCCUUGCCCAGGUGGUAGGGAGCGAAGAGGAGGCGAAGAAGAGGAUAUACAAUGUGUCCUGCGAGCGCUAUUUUGGAUUCGGCUGCGAAAUUGAUGAAGAGACCUCCAACAAACUGGAAGGCCUUCCAGGGGUUCUAUUUGUGCUUCCUGACUCUUAUGUUGAUGCUGAGAACAAGGAUUAUGGUGCUGAGUUAUUUGUGAACGGUGAAAUCGUUCAGCGAUCGCCAGAAAGGCAGAGAAGGGUGGAGCCAGUGCCUCAGAGAGCUCAAGAUCGACCCCGGUACAGUGACCGGACCCGCUAUGUGAAGCGGAGGGAGAACCAGUCUUACCAGCGAUGAUGAUGCUGUUUCUGGAGAUGGAAAAUGCCACGGUUUCCACAAGUUGCCUAAAUGUGAUGCUGGAGAUGUAGCAGCAAUCCCCCUUCCCUACUACCCACAUGAGAAUGACAUCCCUUGUGUUUGCUCCGCUUUUUAAGCUAUACAUGCUUAUGCAUUUGGGCUUGUACCUCUGGUUGAUAUGAACGAUGUAUCCUUUUAACUUCGCAUGAUAAUUUAAAGUCGUCUUUAGUCAGAAAUUAAUCCAUUAUUGAUGAUUAUCAGAUGAUAUACUGCAUGAUCAUCUCGGAAGGGCCCCGUCCGUUCGACCGUUCCCCUCUCACAAACUGCUCCAGUGCUCCAGCCCGUUAUUGUUGCAGGUGCCACAUUGCCACUGAGUACUGACAGUCAUAUGCAUGCCGUCACCAUCACAUUCUGGUAGAGAUAACGGUAUGCAGGCAAUCGGGACGCCCGCGAUAUGCAACGUGUGGCGCAGGCAGGUGAUCCACGAUUCGCUGCCUUAUCCUCGCGAGCUACUGCCGCACCAGCCUGCGAGCCUCCAUUGAGAGCGCUCAACCAGCCAUUGAGAGCGUCAGAGGUCAGUAGAGAAAUGGCGGGAGCGAGCUUCCUCUCGACCGCGCCGCUCGUUGCCCGCGGCGUCGCUGCCUGCUCUUCCAUUUCGACUCCGACGCGGAGGCACCCGCACAUUCGAGUUUGCUGCCGGGCUGACGCUGAGGGCUCGGAGGCUGCUGCUCAUGAAGAGCGUCUGCGAUUCCGCCGGAGAGAUUUCAUUGGCACCUGCGUCGGGAGCGCCAUUGGUUUGGAAUUGAUCGACGGUUCUACAAGAUUCUCUGGAGUGGCUACUGCAGCUGAUCUCAUUGAGCGUAGACAACGGUCGGAGUUCCAGUCAAAAAUCAAAGAUACGCUCUACGUAGCCAUAAAGGCUAAGCCAGAGCUCGUUCCAUCAUUGUUGACCUUGGCACUGAAUGAUGCCAUGACAUAUGACAAGGCCACAAAAACUGGAGGAGCAAAUGGGUCUAUCAGGCUAG